CAGAUCUUUCCCGAUCGAUAUUGACAAAAGCACAAUAUCCAUUGGGCAUUUAAAAGAACUUAUUAAGAAGAAGAAGGAUCCAUAUUAUAAUAAUAUUUCAGCAGUCAAAUUUGAACUAUGGAGUGUGGACAUUCCUAUUAACCUAGAAAAUAUAGACACAAAAAUAUAUGAAGAAAAAAUUAGUGAAUACAAAGGUGUGAGGUUGCUCCCAAACGCUGUUGUAGAAACAGUUUUGUCUGAAAAUAAUAAAAAUAGCAUUCGUAUACUUGUACAACCACCAGCUACCACUGGAGGCCUUGGCGGGACAAAUAUGAAAAGAAAAGAAGAUGGCCUAGGUUAUGAGGGUUUAGACCUCACACACAUAGACAAUAUAUGUCAAAGAAAACAAACUAUCAAUAAAUUGAUUGAUGAUCUGUUGAAAAAGCGUAUUAUUCUAGUUCGAUCACCUCCAAUGGCCGGAAAAACAUCACUUGCGCAAUUAUUGGAACAUAACAUUCUUCAAUCGGAUGAAGUAAAGAAUGGAUUAAGAUGUGUUUUUCGAAUUUCACUGAUGUGGAUGAUUAAACGCGGAAUGGAAUGGACUUUCGCUGAAGGAUUUAAAACACUCAUGAAUAUGGAAUGGGGUGAAUUUAUACAAUUAUGUAAACAUAGCGAUAUUGGUGUAGUUUUGAUUGUUGAUGAAGUACAGUUGAUUUAUAAGCCGCAUAAUGAAAGUGAGCCUCGCAAUGGAGGAGGUAUAUUUUGGGAUACAUUUAAAGAAGUUAAGCAAUAUUUGACAAAUCUUUGUAUAGUAGCAUUUGCAUCAUACGGUUAUUAUGGUUCUUACACUAGUUACGGAGAUCAUUCAGCUAUGGAUAUUUCACCACCUUCUAUUCUUUGUAAGGAUAAUACAUGGGAUUUUUCGGAUGUCUGUUUUACUGAUGAAGAGUUUGACGACUACUUUUACCGAUUUUGUGAAAUGCGUCUUCAUAUGUUGAAAAAAGGUGAUAUUCCAUUUCUACAUAAUUAUGUGCGUGAAAUAACAGCCUAUCAUCCUGGUUUAAUUACUUUUACAAUGGAUGAAUGCAUCCGUGCAACACCACAAGUUAUUGAUAUGUCAGACGAGGAAAAAAAAAUUGUCGAUAAAGUACUUUUCAAAAAAAGUCUUAAAAUUCAAACCAACAGAACUCCAUAUAAUAGUCGAAUUAUUAAGACGAAUGUUCUUGUUGAUAUUGGAAAGACAGUAGGUCGUUCAACCCUUAACUUUCCAGCACCAUUACUUAUGGCUACAUAUCUUCAAGAUCGUUUCGGUCACAUUACACGUUCUAUAUCACCACCUAAGACACUUGAAGAUUUUAUAAAGUCUGUGUUUGCGAUCAUGAACCCCAAAAUAUUACAAAAUAGCAAAGGCAGAAGUAAAGAUGGUAGACUAUUUGAACGUGUCUGGCAAAUGGAAUUUUAUCGUGCCUCAUUACAAGUUCUCCCUGAUGAUAUUUAUCCUUCCGUUGAUGUUGGAAAGGUGUUUAGAUCAAAAGGAUAUGUGGAUUUUUAUAUAAAUGAUAAUCGUAAUUGGGCUAUUGAAUUAUUACGAGAUGGGGAAAAGUUGGAUCAACAUAAAGAAAGGUUUCAGAAAGUUGGCAUAUAUGGUCCUAUUCUUAAACAUACGAAACAGUGGGCAAUUAUUGAUGUCCGAAAUAAUAAAAUGAAAGCUCCAGCACUAGAAAAGCGUGAACAAAACGAAAUCUAUGCUUUUUUUUCUGAAAACUUUGAAUUCGUUCAGUUGGUGUAUCCUAAUGGAACUAAGGAGGAUAUUCGGUUGUUAGGUGAAGAAAAUUUACUUGGAUACGACAUAUCAGAAUUUUUAGAUGAUUCAAUGGAAAUUGACUGA